AUGGAUUCACCGGUACGCGCUUCACGUCCCACCUCGGAGCAGUUUCACAUUGUGCUCGACUAUGUGGGGGAGCCCGGUAAUCUCUUUACUGGUGGGCUGUCCGCUGGCUACACAUCGCAAGACAGAAAUAGGGAGUGGUGCGAGCUGGCUACACGUUUGAACGCCAGCGGUGGUGCAGUGAAACUCGUUGAGAGGUGGAGAAAGACGUGGACCAACUGGAAAAGCGCCACCAAAGCCAAGGCAGCUCGCAUCUCACGUCACACGCGGGAGACGGGAAAAGGUCCCCCACCGAAAGAAUCGCUCUCUGAGCUGGAGGAGCGGCUCGCCUCUGUGAUUAGGCAAGUGGCGACGACCGGGAUGCAGGAGACUCGGGAUACGGGCACUGCCGGCCUCGGAGUCCGCGUCAACGAUCAUUUAUAUGGCACCGCCCGAGGCGGCUUCUGCCUCACAGAGCGAUGA